ACAAAAGCACGUUGGACGAUAAAUGAAUAUUUAUUGCAGUAAAAUAGCUUAAAAUCACUGAAAAAUGGCAGAUUUCGUGCAACUUCGCAAGGAAUUAUGUCUCACGGAGUACGAGCAAAUGAAGAAAUUGCGGAUCUUCGACGACAACGAGAUCCGCAAGAUAAAAAGACGUCGCGAAGACUUCGAGUACAAGACCGAGAGGCAUUGCAAGGAUAUCAAAGACUUUUGUGAGUUCAUCAAGUACGAGAGGAAUUUGUUGAAUCUCAUUCGCGAGAGACAACAAGGAACCAAACAUGUGCGGCAGAAACAAAUUCUGGAGAAAAUCGUUGCAAAAAGGGUACGUGGAAUGUAUUUGCGGGCUUUGAACCGUUUUCCGGGCGAACUGCGGUUGUGGGACUCCUUUUUCAAAUUUUGUCAAAUAUACGAAUUCAAAAGGGAAAUUUCCAAAGGAGUUGAACGCAUGCUAAACUUUCACAACACCAAACCGGAAGCAUGGUUGAAAGGCGCAACAUUGGAAUAUUCCGAAAAUGAGAAUUUACCGAAGGCGAAAGACUUGUUAAUCACUGGAAUGAAGCACCACCCAACGAAUGCAGCUCUGUACAAAGCUUUUGUCCAAAUGGAGUUGGCAGAAGUACGAGAGCUGUUCGAAAGUGAAGUAAAAACUAAAGUCGAUGAAGGACAAAUAGCGAUGGCAGUUGGAUCGUGUGUUGCUUUGUACAAAAAUGCGAAAAAUAACGUAAAUGAUGUCCAAUUUUUCCUCGAAUUGUUGGAUGUUACACUGAAUUUCGAGUAUGCCAAUGCGUUAACGCAAGAAAUUGUUACGGAUUUGAAGGAAAUUUAUUCGACAAACGCAAAAACUUGGGAUUAUUUUGCUCAAGCGGAAUUACGAGGACUGUCCGUGUAUGAAUUGGAUACCGAAGAAAUACCAAAAGACAAAAAAGUGCGUUCAAUGAAGGAAAACAUCGAAAAAUGCGUGUCAAUGUACGAAACUGGACUCGAACAAGUUGCUUCUACGGAAAUGUGUUUACUUUAUAUCGACGCAAUGCUUUCGCUGAACACCGAUAUGACUUCCGAUGCAAAUGCCAGACGCAAAGCUCUUGGAAAUGCCUUUAAACGAGGACAUGAAUCAGGUUUGAUGUCGUCCGAGCAUUAUUUGACUUAUUUAAAAUUAUUGUUGGAAGCCAAAGAAGGCAAAGACGACCAUAUCGAGUCAAUCUUCCAAAAAUCGCUUGCCUUGCAUCCAAAAUGCUCGGAUUUGUGGGUGCUUCAACUGAAAUACGUCAUUAGAACAAGCGACCAUUCUACGAUCCAAAAAACCUUUGAAGCAGCCCUCAAAGCUGUGGAUAAAGAUUCCGAGCUACCAGUGUGGGAGACGAUGUAUCUCUACUGCGCCGUGCAAAAUAACGAUAAAUUUUUCGAAGAUUUCUUCCAAAAAGCUAUUUCUUCGAAAAAUUCCCUGGUUUCGUCCCAUUUCAAGCCAGAAUACAUCGAGUGGGUAUGUUUAACGAAAAGUCUUUCAAAUGCACGGCAAACAUACAAAUAUUUAACAUUAAACACAACACCUUGCUUGGAACUACAUCGAAAAAUGGCACAACUAGAAACAAGCCAAAUGGCGGUAAAUAAAACGAGUGCGAGAGAAUGUUACGAAUUCGCAGUGCAGUUCUUCGGAAAGACAGACGUUGACACGUGGAUCGAUUAUAUUUGCUUUGAACGUGAUCACGGUGACAAUCGACUAAUGGGAAAUAUUUACGAACGAGCCCGGAAGCAGUUAUCGUCGGAAGCAUUGGUCGCGUUGUUCAUCGAGAAACACAAUUUGGUCGUGAGUGGAGUCGUGAAGCCCUUAACUAGCAUCAUCAAAGAUGAAGAAAUGUCUUCGUAAUACACACAAUAAAUAUUUUAUUUUUUUUUUUUUGGUUCAACAGUCGAAAUGUAUCAAUAAAUACACAAAAUAAUUCA